GCUCUUGCUCAUCUACCAUUUGCCUCUUCAGCAACAGCUUAGAAUUCAGCUCAGUAAAUCUGUUGAUUGCUCGUUUCAAAUCAUCAUCGGUGUUUCGUUUCUUGAUUUCUUGAUCCAUCCAUGGCGACGACAGUGGAUUGGUGUGGCCGUGGCAGCAAUCUUCCUGCUGCGAUGUAUGACAUGGUGGUGGAUAGCAAGGAGCUAAUGGGCGCGCUUGCUCCGUCCAUGGUGUCCUUCUCCUACCCGUGUUCCGAGCAGAGCGCGAGCUCGCUUCUUGCUGGCGCCAACUACCUGACUCCCGCGCAGGUGCUCCAUGUCCAGGCGCAGCUACAGCGCCUGCGCCGCCCGGGCGCGGCGAGCGGCUGCCUCGCCGCGGCGCCGCCGCUGCCGAUGAAGCGGCAUGGCGCGGUGGCGGUGGCGGCGGCGGCGGCGGCGCGGGCGCCGGUCAAGCUGUACCGCGGCGUCAGGCAGCGGCAUUGGGGCAAGUGGGUGGCGGAGAUCCGCCUGCCGCGCAACCGCACCCGCCUCUGGCUGGGCACCUUCGACACCGCCGAGGAGGCCGCGCUGGCGUACGACAGCGCCGCGUUCCGCCUCCGCGGCGAGUCCGCGAGGCUCAACUUCCCCGAGCUCCGCCGCGGCGGCGCCCACCUCGGCCCGCCGCUCCACGCCGCGGUCGACGCCAAGCUCCACGCCAUCUGCCACGGGAUGGACCUGCCCCAACCCCAACCCCAAACCCAGAGCAAUGCGACGACGACGACGAUGUCGACGACGGCGACGAACACCCCAAGCCCCUUCUUCUCCUCGGAGAGCCCGGUGGUCAAGAGCGAGCCCGUCUGCUCCGCCUCCGAGAGCUCUUCCUCGGCCGACGGCGACGUGUCAUCGACGGGCUCCUCCGACGUCGUCCCGGAGAUGCAGCUGCUCGACUUCUCGGAGGCGCCAUGGGACGAGUCCGAGAGCUUCCUGCUGCACAAGUACCCGUCGCUGGAGAUCGACUGGGACGCGAUCCUUUCCUGAUGCAGUGGCUGAAUCUUCUUCCUCUCCCUGUUCUUGAUCCAGCUCUUGGUGUCCUGAACAUUUUCACAACUCAGAGAGUGAUGCUCUCCUUGAUUAGCUACAUGUUAAUCUAGGUUUUGGGUUUGAUCAUGCCAUCGAUUCUGUAGCAUCAACCCCUGGUCUGCUUGGUUUUUUCAAUGGCAUUGCCAGGAAGGAGGUCUCAGUGCUUUGGUUUCUGCGAGUUGUGCAACCCUGCAUGCAAACUCUUCAUUGUAUAUACCAAAUAUUUGAACUCUACAUUGUAGUAGUUCAUAUAUCCAAUAAAGAACCAUUUUAGCACA